AUGAGUCAAUCACUUUCUGUUCCUCCGUAUUUUGACGGAAGUAAUUAUGCCUAUUGGAAGGUUAGAAUGAGUGCGUUUCUUAAGUCUUUAGAUGAGCAUGUUUGGUUAAGUGUGCAAAAUGGUUGGAAACCUCCCUCUACUAGCAUAUCAGGAACUGUUAACCUUACCGAUAUAUCACUGUGGACUAAGGAUGAACUAGCUGAGUGUAAUUGGAAUAACAAGGGUCUUCAUGCCCUGUUUAUGGCCGUGUCUCCCGAAGAGUUUAGGAGAGUGUCAAUGUUUGAAGAAGUGAGAAUGAAGGAUGAUGAAACGUUUGACGAAUUCUAUGCUAAAUUAAAUGACAUUGUCAAUUCUAGCUUCAAUCUAGGUGAGAAAAUUUCCGAGUCUAAAAUUGUGAAAAAAGUGCUUAGAUCUUUGCCCAAGAGAUUUAGACCUAAAGUCACUGUCAUUGAGGAAAGUAAGGACCUAGAUGAAGUUAAAAUUGAAGAACUGGUAGGAUCGCUGCAAACUUAUGAACUCACUAUUACACAACCAAAGAAAGGUAAGUCCAUAGCCCUAAAAUCCAUCAAAGAAGAUGAAUCUUCUGAUACUGAGUCACUUAGGGACGAGGAAAUCGCAUACUUUGUUAAGAAAUUCCAAAAAGUUCUCAACAAUAGAAGAAAAUCUCAAGAUAAAAAGAGUGGAGCCCCUAACAGAUUCACAAAAGCAAAAACUGAAACUUUUAACAAUAAAGGGUCGAGUGAUAAACCACGUUUGGUUAGGUGCCAUGAGUGUCAAGGUAUAGGUCACUAUAGAAAUGAAUGCCCUAGUUAUAAGAAAAACCAAAGAAAAGGGAAAGGUAAGGCCUUAAUUGUCUCACUCACAGAUAAUGAAUCUGAGACCAGUGAUAGACAGGAUUCUUCUAGUAGUGAGGACAAAGGAAACUACAUGGCAUUUGUAUCAACUGUUAAGAGUGAAUCUGAUAAGGAAAGUGACAAGGUUGAGGAAGAACAUUCUAACGAUAAUUCUAGUAAUGAAGAUGAGAAUGAGAUAGACAUACAAGAAGCUUAUCAACUUUUAUUUAAGGAGAGUCUUAGAAUCAAAAAGACUUUCGUUAGUGGGACUAAGAAAUUGGACAAUAUCUUGGGAAUGAAUAAGCCUGCAGGAGAUAGGAAGGGUCUAGGAUAUGUUAAGAAUAACUCACUUGUUGCUGGACCUUCUAAAACAGUUUUUGUUUCUGCAUCUAAGAAAGUAAAUGCUGUAAGUAGUUCAAAUAAGGGUAAGAAUGUUCCGAGAGAACAGAAUCAUCAAUCACGUAGAAACUCCAUACCCAGAUACCCACAGCCACGUACCUUUGAACCUAGGUUCAUUCCUACCUAUCACCACUGUGGAGCUCUAGGACACGCUAGACCUAGAUGCUAUAAGUUAGGCAAUGAGCGUAGAAAUCAGAAUAUUCCUAGUCAGGUUAGCUUUCUGUCUAAUCAAGUUAGUCAUUUGACUGAGAUGCUUACUAAGCUUACUAGGAGUACCUUAUCAUCUAAGAAAGUUUGGGUCAAAAAGGACGAUUUAGCUAGACAUUCAAGUCAAGAUAAGUGUUUUGUUGCUCAUGUUGCAUUAAAAGCCCAAAAUUACAAUAUGUGGUACCUAGACAGUGCAUGUUCUAGGCAUAUGUAUAGUAAUAAGGCUUUGUUUACUACUCUUGAUGAAUGUUUAAAAUCAAAUUUGUUAAGUAUUAGUCAAAUUUGUGAUGCUGAUUUUGAAGUGAGUUUUGUGCAAAAGAGAUGUACUGUGUAUGAUUCAUCUAGUGGGGUAGUUCUUGAAGGGGUUAGAACAGCUAAUAAUUGUUAUGGAGUCUUGCCUAAUUCUAACUAUGUGUGUAGGAGUGCUAAAAUUGAUGUGAGUGAACUCUGGCACAAAAGGUUAGGUCACUUGAACUAUAAGAGUCUAGUACAACUAGUUAAGAAAGAGUUAGUAGAUGGUUUGCCUAAGAUAGGUCCUAGUGAACAUGCUGUGUGUGGACCAUGUCAACUAGGUAAACAACUCAAGGGAAACCAUAAGAAGACUUCUAAAAUUCUGACCAAAAGACCUUAG